AUGCGAUUGCAAUACGCCGUCGCCUGGGCAGUGGGCGCCGCCAGCGCGUGGUCGGCGCGCCCCGCACCCGGCGCCCCCCAUCAGCGCCGCGCCAUAGUCGGAUUAGCCAACGACCUCGACAAUCCGGCCGAAUUCAACGUCAACCAUGCCAUCGUCACCGUGGCCCCGAUCGGCUACGCCACGCCGCCGCCGGCGCCGUUGUCAUCAGGAGAGUGCACUACGGUGACGCUGUACACCACGACCACCCCGACGGUGUACAUCACCAUUACCAAGAGCACUCCCGAGCCCGAACCGACCACGUCGCAGUCGACUGAGCCCACCACUGAGCCCACCACUGAACCAACCACGGAACCAACCACGGAACCAACCACGGAACCAACUACGGAACCUACCGUUGGGCCCACUACGGAACCAACCACUGAGCCGUCGUCCUCGACUGAACCCUCAAUUGAGCCAACCACGGAGCCCUCGAGUGAGCCCACAUCAGAACCGACUACGGAGCCGUCUACUGAGCCCACUACUGAGCCCACUACUGAGCCCACUACGGAGCCGUCUACGCAGCUGACGACUGAGCCGACGAGUGUUCCCACAACAGAACCGUCUACGGAACCGUCUUCGGAGCCAAGCACGGAGCCGUCGACUGAACCCUCAACUGAACCGACUUCGGAGCCAACUCCUGAGCCUUCAACAGAACCCACAACUGCUCCUACGACGGAGCCUUCAACGGAGCCUACCACUGAACCAACGACUGCUCCUACUACGGAGCCCACUACGGAACCGACGAAGGAACCUACUACGGAGCCUACCUCAAAGCCUACCUCGGAGCCUACCACGGAGCCCACUACGGAGCCUACCACUGAGCCAACUACUGCUCCUACGACUGCUCCUACGACUGCUCCUACGACUGCUCCUACGACUGCUCCUACGACUGAACCCUCGACGAAGCCCACCACUAAGCCCACCACCACUCCUGAGCCGACGCCACUGACGGAGUCUUCGUGUGUGGAAAUCACCAUCAUCACCACCACCACCCCGACGGUGACCAUCACCAUCACCGUGCCUCCCACCUCGAGUGAACCGGCGCCUAAACCGACCACUGAACCCACCACCGAGUCGUCGACUGUUCCCGAACCGUCUCCCUCGCUGGAAACCUCGUUGCUGAUCACCCCACCUUUCCCGAUCCCCACGACGUCGCCGCUGAUUCCACCUACUCCACCCAUCCCUUCAACGUCAAGUUCAGUGACUCCUCCCCCCUCGCCGUCAAGUUCCAGCUCCGUUACUCCUCCUCCCGUACCAACUUCGCUGCUGAUNUCCUCCUCCCGUGCCGACUUCGCUGCUGAUUCGUCCUCCUCCCGUGCCGACUUCGCUGCUGAUUCCUCCUCCUCCCGUGCCAACUUCGCUGCUGAUUCCUCCUCCUCCCGUGCCGACUUCGCUGCUGAUUCGUCCUCCUCCCGUGCCGACUUCGCUGCUGAUUCCUCCUCCUCCCGUGCCAACUUCGCUGCUGAUUCCUCCUCCAAUUCCUAUUCCCACAACGUCACCACUGAUUCCUCCUCCUCCACCUAUCCCUACCACCAAUCCUCCUCCACCUAUCCCUACCACCAAUCCUCCUCCCAUACCCACCACAUCGGUACUGAUCCCCCCUCCACCUCCUAUUCCCACCACAUCCGUGAUUCCCCCUAA